UACAAAGAGAGAGAUAAAAAGAAGUAGAGUAAGCAUCAGCUCUGGCCAAGAACCAAGGACAGAGAGACGAGAAACAUCAAGCGUGUCUCGAAACGUGAAGAGAAAGAAGGAGAAAAGGAGAAGCAGAGAGGGAGGAUAAUGGCCGUUCGAACUGCAGCUGUGUUUGUUCUCCUGCAGCGGGUGGCGUCUGCAGAGUCCUCACUAUCAACUCCGGUUACCUGCUACAUCCUGGAUGGCUUCCUGCUUCUCUACUGUAUUGUUUUCACAGGCCUUUUCUUCAGAGAAAAGCUUCUGCAUUCUACGUUUCCUUCCAAUGUAGCUACAAACACGGAUAAUGAUGCUAAUGGUAACUAUGAGGAACAAAAUCUUGCCGACCCAUCAUCAGGAGCAAUACCAAAGCGUAGGCAGGAAGCGGGUGAUAGAAUAUAUCAGACUCUUGGAGAUGAACAAUCUGAUCCCUACCAGAUGAUUGAAAGCACCAAGACCAAAAGUCGGGCUCGCAAGGUGAAGAAGACAGAGGUCUACGAGUCUCUCAAUCUAGAGACGAAGACCAACGAGACAUAUCAUCCUCUGGCAAAGCGGCCCUCUCCCCCUUCUCCUCCUGAACCCUGACAACCUCCCCCUACCCCUCAUCCUACCCCCUUCCCCCCUGCUGCCCCUCAUCCUACCCCCUGCCCU